CUCCUUCGCCAACCGAUCAUGGAAGGGCUGAACAAUUUCAUAGGAAGCUACUUGAGCAUCAACUUUGCAAAGCAUUUGAAAGGUUACAACAGUUGAAAUCUAUCAAGCAAAAGAUUAGGUCCUCCAAGUUGCAGCUAUCAUUUUUGAAGGCAUCUUGUUCUGAUUAUUUACCGCCCCUGGUACAGAAGGAGGCAACUCAUGAGAUUGCACAACUGGAACUAGACAUUUCUAAUAUGAACUCAGAAUAUUUCGCAAAAAAGAAUGAUUGCAAAGAGCUGCUCAAGAAUCGGACGUCUUUUCAUUUUGACAAGCCUGGUCCGCUCAAACCUUCAUCUAAACUUUAUAUGACGGUUCAGGAUCGAAUUUAUACAUCUGUUAAGGAAGAUUCAUUGUUCGACAUGGUCCCAUAUACAAAUGAACCUUCGGGGAAUCCGGGUGAUCUCGUCUCUCUCGCUUGGCUGCAGAAAGGCGACAUUUUGCAAAUAGCCCCACUUGAUGGCGAGGAAGAAAUAAAUCGAGUGAGAAUAGAUUGUGAAAUUAAACACAAUAUGAUACAUACAGAUGAAAUGAGUCCCAGUGUUGGCAUUCUGCAAAACGAAAAUGAUGGCUUCAUUCCCUCUCCUAAUGCUAUCACUAAUUCCCUACAAAAUCAACUCAGAUUAGCUGUUUCAUCUUCAAUUCCACGUCUACAAACUUGUAGGGCAGCCGGUGCUAUUCACUAUUCGUCUUCGUUUACCCUUGACCCAGGAAUAAGUUUUCAUCAAGGACCAGGACUAUCCAAACCGAACUAUAGCUAUACCCAUUUAAUUUUUAUGGCUAUUGAAUCAACACCUCAGAAGUGCAUGACGGUUAAUCAAAUUUACAAUUGGUGUGAGACAAAUUUCCCUUUUUAUAAACAUGCUGGCGCAGGAUGGAAGAAUUCUCUCCGCCACAAUUUAUCCAUCAACAAAUCUUUUAAACGUCUUCCACGUGAUGGGCGGAAUGACACUUGUUGGCUGGGGAAAGAUCCAAAUAUGAAUAUCAACCAUGCUGCUGGUGGACACACUUUAGAAUCAGAAGAUCUAGAGGAUGAUGAGGUGAUAGUUUUUGCCUCGCUACUCGGACGAGACGGGACCAAACAUCCCAUCUCUGUAUUUAUGCACACGCACGGACACAGCUGA